AUGCCUUCCACAGACAGCAUACCAAAGUCAAAUUUCGACGCGAUCCCAGAUGUGAUCCAAGCAUUCAAAAACGGCGAGUUCGUAGUCGUGCUGGACGACCCGUCGCGCGAGAACGAAGCCGACCUGAUUAUCGCGGCCGAGUCCGUAACGACGGAGCAGAUGGCGUUCAUGGUGCGGCACUCGUCGGGGCUGAUCUGCGUGCCGCUGACGCCGGAGCGCGCCGCGACCCUCGACCUGCCGCAGAUGGUGACGCACAACGCCGAUCCGCGCGGCACCGCCUACACCGUCUCGGUCGACGCCGAGCACCCGUCCGUCACGACCGGCAUAAGCGCCCACGACCGCGCCCUCGCCUGCCGCAUGCUCGCCGCCCCCGACGCCAGGCCCGACCACUUUCGCCGGCCCGGCCACGUCUUCCCGCUCCGCGCCGUCGCCGGCGGCGUCCGCGCCCGCAGGGGCCACACCGAGGCCGGCGUCGAGCUGUGUCGCCUCGCCGGCAAGAGGCCCGUCGCUGUCAUUUCCGAGAUUGUCGACGACGGCCACGAGGUCCAGGGCCAAGCUGUGCGCGCCGCCCCGGGCAUGUUGAGGGGUGACGACUGUGUGGCGUUUGCGCGGAGGUGGGGCCUCAAGGUCUGCACCAUUGAGGAUAUGAUUGCCCAUGUGGAAAAGACCGAGGGCAAGCUUGAGAUGAAUGGGUCGGGUUGA